UCUCUGUGAACAAGCGCCACUCAGCUGAUGGGAGGGGAGCUGCUCGCAGGCUGGAGACAGGAUCCAUGGCAACAAUCAUGGCAGAGGCAGAGACUCGUCAGAAGCUGCUGCGCACCGUCAAGAAGGAGGUGAAGCAGAUUAUGGAAGAAGCCGUCACCAGGAAAUUUGUUCACGAAGACAGCAGUCAUAUUGUGUCUUUUUGUGCUGCAGUGGAGGCGUGUGUUCUGCAUGGGCUGAAGCGACGAGCAGCAGGUUUUCUGCGUAGCAACAAGAUAGCGGCACUCUUCAUGAAGGUGGGCAAAAGCUUCACCCCUGCUGAGGAGCUGUGUAGGAAGGCACAGGAGCUCGAGCAGAUCAUCGAGACAAAACGAAGUCAAAGCCUGCAAAGUCAGGACAGCCUUCGUAAGAUGCCCCGGCUGCCCAGCCUCACGCCACAGGGGGCCAAGAACCUGUGGAUCCGGGCAGCGCUUUUUGAAAAGGUGCUGGACAAGAUCGUUCUCUACCUGGUGGAGAACAGCAGUAAAUACUAUGAGAAAGAGGCUGUUCUAAUGGACCCUGUAGAUGGACCUAUCCUUGCCUCUUUGUUAGUCGGACCUUGUGCUUUGGAGUACACCAAGAUGAAGACGGCUGACCACUUCUGGACCGACCCGUCCGCUGACGAGCUGGUGCAGAGACAUCGCAUCCACGGUGGCCACUGCAGGCAGGACUCUCCCACCAAGAGGCCUGCACUGUGUUUCCAGAAGCGGCACUCCAGCAGCAGCAUGGAUGAACGCCCCUCCCCCUCGCCGUCAGCUCGAGAAUAUGUGGAGUCGCUGCAUCAGAACAACAGGGCGACCCUACUGUUCGGCAAAAACAACGUGCUCGUACAACCGAGGGACGACAUGGAGGCUGUCCCAGGUUACCUCUCCCUGCACCAGACCGCUGACAUCAUGACACUGAAGUGGACUCCCAACCAGCUCAUGAACGGCUCUGUUGGAGACUUGGACUACGAGCGCAGUGUAUUUUGGGACUAUGCCAUGACAAUUCCUCUCGAGGAGAUAGUUUACUUGCACUGUCAUCAACAAGUGGACAGUGGCGGGACUGUGGUGCUGGUCAGUCAGGAUGGAAUCCAGAGACCUCCGCUGCGCUUCCCCAGGGGAGGACACUUGCUCCAGUUCCUCUCCUGCCUGGAGAAUGGCCUCCUUCCCCACGGCCAGCUGGACCCUCCGCUCUGGUCCCAGAGGGGAAAGGGGAAGGUGUUUCCGAAGCUGCGGAAGAGGGUUCCUCAGGGAUCCUCAGAAUCCGUCUCGGAUAAGGAGGAGGACGAGGCCACGGACUAUGUCUUCCGCAUCCUCUUUCCAAACAGCCAGUCAGAGUUUGUCACUCCUCCAGACUUGAUGGAUCAGGGAGCUACAAUGUGGCAUCCCACUCUCAGGAAGGCCUCGUGUUCCUCUUGUUCUCAGGGGAGCUUCUCUGAUGGAGGGACACCCAAGGGGUGUAACCAUGAGAGGGCUCCUCUGAAGCUGCUGUGCGACAGCAUGAAGUAUCAGAUCAUCUCUCGGGCAUUUUACGGCUGGUUGGCAUACUGCCGUCACCUGUCCACUGUGCGCACACAUCUCUCUGCCCUCGUGAAUCACACCAUCGUGGCGCCCGACACGCCGUGCGAUGCCUACAAAGGGCUCACUGCAGAAGUGUGGCAGACGUUCCUUCAGGACUGCACAGCCUACAAGGAGCAGGAGCUGCUGCGUCUGGUCUACUUUGGUGGUGUGGAGCCCUCGCUGCGUAAAGAGGUGUGGCCUUUCCUGCUGGGUCACUACCAGUUUGGGAUGUCAGAAUCUGAGAGGAAGGAGGUGGACGAACAGGUCCGAGUGUGCUACCAACAGACCAUGCGUGAGUGGCUCGGCUGUGAGGAGAUCGUCCGCCAGAGGGAGAAGGAGCAGCACGCUGCAGCUUUGGCAAAGUGCUCCUCGGUAGCAAGUGACAGUUCCAGUCAGAAGAUGAUCCAUCACGACUCCACUGUGAGCAAUGAGUCCCAGUCCUCCCAGAGCUCAGACAGACAGAGUCUGGCUCGCCUGCAGAGCGACUCAAGCAGCAGCACACAGGUGUUUGAGUCCGUAGAGGAGGUGGACCAGAUUGAGACGGAGCCCAAGACCGAAGAGGCCAAGCAGGCGCCAAAGAUGCCCAAUGGAGCUCUGCAGAACGGGACCUGCUCUCCCGACUCUGGACACCCCUCUUCCCGCAACUUCUCAGUCACCUCUGGCCUGUCAGACACUUCGCUCAGCACAGACGACACCGCUGCACCUGACGCAGCCCCGAGAUCUGCAACUGUCACCCCAGCAUCACAGAGCUCUGUCAAACCUGUAGGAGUAGAGGGUGAAGGUGAAACUGAGGGAAAAGUCAGCCAGGAGAAAACCAAAGUGAAGGACGAAGAGGAGACCAAAACUGCAGAAGAUACCAAGAUUGAGGUGAACGAUGAUGACAUGAUUCCACCGCUGGAAGAGGAGCAGGUGAUGACCAACAAAGACACGUGUUUGCAAACUAAAACCCAGGAAAAUGUUGAGGAGCUAGAAGCUACUAAAACAGAGGGAACCAAGUCUGAAGAUACAGACAUUCAAGGGAUUCAAUCUUUAGAUUCAGGAGAAAUGGGAAGAGAUGUGUCUGGUCAGGAUACUGUGAUGGUAUCAGCAGCUGCUACAGAAUCCAAAGAAGAACUGGUGGAUCAUAGUCUCAAGAAAGACGUAGAAGUCCGGAUCGAAGAAACAACAAAGCACGAAGAAAGGAUUGUCGAAAAGAUGAAGGAAAUGGACGAAUCAAACACAAGUGAAGCGCAAGAACUUUGUUUGACUGAGGGGAAAGAAAAAAUGAUCCAACAUCCUGUGGCUGCUGACGUGGAGAACAACCUCCUAUUCUCAGCAGACACCAGAGUGUCGAGAACAAGAGAAACGUACUGCACCUCUCAGAAAGAGGAGCCCAUGACUGAAUCUGAUGAGUCUCCCUCAGCUAUAGAGAUGGAGGAGAUCCCCAAAGCCAAAGUUUCCAUGGUGCCUUGGAGCAGGAAGGGACGAUGCGAGCCCUCGUCUUCCUUUGAGGACUCAGCCCCUCACGCGGAGGAGGAGCAAGGAAAGCCCAGUCCGGAGGGGACAGAGUCCAUCCUGUCCGAGGAGCCGGAGAUGGACAGUCUGUACCCUCACUUUGAUUCUCUGCCCGGGUCUGGAGACACCAAGAGCAAAGUGACCUCUGAUGGAUCUGCUGGUACCUUCUCUCAAGAGCUGCUGGAUUUGUACACAUUGAAUCUGCACCGCAUUGAAAAGGACGUCCAGCGCUGCGACAGGAACUACUGGUACUUCACUCCUGCCAACCUGGAGAAACUGCGUAACAUCAUGUGCAGUUAUAUCUGGAGGCACCUUGACAUCGGCUACGUUCAGGGCAUGUGUGAUCUGCUGGCUCCACUUCUCGUCAUUCUGGACGAUGAGGCCAUGGCCUUCAGCUGCUUCACUGAGCUCAUGAAGAGAAUGAAUCAAAACUUUCCUCACGGAGGCGCUAUGGACACUCACUUUGCCAACAUGCGCUCUCUCAUCCAGAUCCUGGAUUCUGAGCUGUUUGAGCUAAUGCACCAAAACGGAGACUACACCCACUUCUACUUCUGCUACCGCUGGUUUCUCCUGGACUUCAAGCGAGAGCUGGUGUAUGAAGACGUGUUCUCAGUCUGGGAAACCAUCUGGGCGGCUAAGUAUGCCUCCUCUAGUCACUUUGUCCUCUUCAUUGCUCUGGCGUUGGUGGAGAUCUACAGGGACAUCAUCCUGGAGAACAACAUGGACUUCACUGACAUCAUCAAGUUCUUCAAUGAAAUGGCUGAGCACCACAACAUAAAGCAGAUUUUGACCCUGGCCAGAGAUCUGGUGUACAAGGUGCAGAUGCUGAUUGAAAACAAGUGAUGGCGCUGUUCUUCUUCUUUUCCAUCCAAGUAAAGCGUGAGUGGUGGCUGUAGCAGCACAAGAGUAAAACACACGUGAGCAUACACAGGCUCUGACACACACACACACACACACACACACACACACACACACACACACACACACACACACUACACAAAGCCUUACAAUCACAGCUUGCUGCUAUGAGCCUUAUUGACUGUAUCCACUAUGUUGUUUGUGUUGUCAACAGUUGUAUGGGAAUAUUACGCUUAAUAUGUGUCAGUAUGUUCAACUGAAAACAAAUGUAACAGAAAAUCUCUGUAAUUUCCAAAUAUUUUUGUCCGACAUCCCUCAAGUGUUGAUCUUAGUCUGAGUGCACUUAAUAUUUCGAGGAAAGAGAGUUUAGUUGCACAUUUCAAACCAAAAUGCAGAGAUGAUUAACCAGAGACUAUAUUUAUGAGAAAAGUAUGUUGUGAUAAUAAUUUAUAAUAUUAAUUAUUUUAACAAAGCCUACAAGUUUACAUUUUUAGAUAUAUUCCCAACCUUGAAGAUGGAAAGAAUGUACAAGGGGUUUUGAUUUUAUUAAGUAGCAC